AUGAAGCUCCAGUUUCUAGAACUUAAGCAAUGGAAUCUAUCUGUGGCUGAAUACGAGACCAAAUUUUCAGAACUUUCAAGGUUUGUGCCACAUCAUGUUGAUACAUAUGAGAAAAGGGCGCUUCGUUUCCAACAAGGGCUGAAACCUUGGAUUCUGAAUAGGGUAGCUGUCUUUGAACUUACUAACUACGCAACUCUGGUCCAGAAAGCUGUUAUUGUGAAAAAAGAGAGCGAACUCUAUAACCGUGAAAGAAAUGACAAUAAGCGUAAGGCUCCUCAAUUUGAACGAAGUCAAGGGAAGAAGUUGUGGAAUCAAAAAGUUAAGAAACCUUUUGUUAACAAGGAAUUCCGGAAGGAGGGGAAUCUUCGGAUGGGUAACCGAGAAGCUCGUGAAGAAUGUCAGAGGUCUAAGCCAGCACAGUCUGCGCACCUACUUCAGGGAAGACCACCCCUACCAGAGUGCAAAACAUGUGGGAAAAAACAUCCGGCUCCGUGCUAUCAGGAAUCUGUUACUUGUUUUCUUUGUGGACAGAAAGGUCACAUUGCUUCCAGAUUCAUGCAAAAGUUGGGAAUUGAUCUGAUAGCCUUAGUGGAACCUAUGAAUAUAGAGACAGCGAAUCAAGAUACUAUUUCCGUGGAUCGAGUGUGUCCUGAUUGUGAAGUAAUGAUUCAGAAACAACUUUUCAUUGUAGAUUUAAUUCCUUUUAAGUUAGGAGAAUUUGAUGUGAUUUUGAGGAUGGAUUGGUUAACGCGCUAUGAUGCUUAG